AUGGAAUCAAAGCUAAUAUAUAAAAUUGACUUUGUUUACAAGCAAAUAUCGAAACAUUCUCUCUGUACUGUACUUUUGCCCUAUAUCUUUGCUUUUCUUAUUUUUAACUCCACUUUAUUUUUCUACCGUCAGUCUCGACUGAUUCAAUCGAACCCUGCAAUUCAAUCACGUACACAUCCACGACCUUCUCCUUCCUCCACUCCGCCCCUCGAGCUUCUCGGUCAGAUAGUGCCUGAGAUAGAUCCACUUCCAAUCGCCCAAGCUCAACCUGACCCCAUACAAGGACACGUCAAAUUUACGCCCCUUUCUUCCGGUGCCUCAGCCUUCCAUCUGCUAGCUUCCGGACCUCUAGGCUCUGUGCCAUGUACUGAUGAAAACCCAAGUUCCAGCCAAAUGGAGUUGGAUGGAGCUUCCGGGCCUCCACUCAAUGGAAAACCGUUAGGUACCGGCCUAAUUCCUGCUCCUGACAGGACGAAUUCUAUGGGAGGACCACUCGUCGAAGACACCCCCAUCCAUUCAGUGGCUUCUGCCGUUCCUAGAUCUCCAGGCCUGAGCACCAUCACCGGCCAGCGCAGGCGAGGCUCUCGGGGAGAUCCUAAUAAUAUGGCCACACCAGCAUCACCUCUGUCUUCAUCUUCAUCUUCCAGUUGCGCCCACACGUCUACUGGAGGUGUUUCUCAGACGAAUACAAAUACCCUCACUCCCAGAUCUAUGGCGGGCGAAGUAGCAACCCCUGGUAAUAACGCCGUAGAAGAGGAAGAGUUAGCAAAAUUGAGGGAAGAGCGGGAUGGACUUAGAACAAAUAUAAUUGAAAUGCGGUUAGUGUUAUAG